AUGUACAUCGCGCUCGUCUACGGCCUACUGUACACCUGGUCCGAGGGCCUCCCGAUCCUGUUCACUGAAAAUUACGGCUUCAGCCUCAGGCACGAGGGCGUGGCCCUCCUGGGGAUUCUUUACAUCGAGCCCCAGUUCAAUGAGGAUGGCCAGCUGAAGCCCGAUGACCGAGUCGCGCUGUAUGCGCAUUUGUGCGUUCUUCUGUUCAACUCGGUCAUGAACUAUUUGAGCGAUGCGUUUCCUGACAAGGCGGCCUCGAUUUCGGCUGGUAAUGUCUUCCUCAAGAGGGGCAUUGUUGUUGAAUCCCCCCUAUUCGCGACGGCGAUGUAUGAGAGCCGGGCGAGCUCGACGCUGGCUUGCAUCUCGGUCGCGAUUCUUCCCGUUCCGUUCAUGCACAAUUCAUGGAGAGUGGUUGAGGCACAAGAGCAAGCACGCGAGACAUGGCCCGUAAAUGACGCAGAAACGUGGGAGUACAUAAGGCCAUGGAGGAUGCCAUAG